AGGAUAUUAAUGCAGAGACAGAGAGGAUCACACAUAGAGUGAGUUACCAACUCAGCUGUCACUUGUGAUUCUCAUUCUACUACUACUACAACAAAGCACAACAUAACCUCCUCCUCCUUCUUCUCUGUUUGGCCAGCAAAUUAGAGGAGUUUGCAGCUGUCAGAUCUCUUUCUCUCUCCUCCACCACUCUUUUUUCAAUUAUUUUUUUCCCCUUUUCAUAUUUUUGUUUUAAUUAACCAACGCCUCUGUUGCAAACAACCAUCAAAUAAUAACAACGAUACCUCUUCAAGACAUCAUCAUAAACCUUACACACCCACCACUUUUUUUUCUUCCCAAGAGACAUCUUCAAAUUCCACAAUCCAUUCUCAGAAGUGGUGUGUCAACAUUGGAUGGUGCUGUUAGAAAGAGCACACAAACUCAGAAGAAACCAACAAACUUUGCUUCUUUGCAUUUCAUAUUAUAAAAUCAAGAAAACUGAGCGGAGGAGCCGAGCUUGAAUGAGCGCGACACGCCAGGAGUAACGUUUCAUGCAGUAAACAAGGACACAUUUUCACUCUUUUAUGCCAUGGCUUACCCACAUUACCGAUCACAGUUCGGAGACACCACGUUCACCAAAGUGUUUGUUGGAGGACUAGCUUGGGAGACUCCAACUGAAGAAAUGCGCAGCUAUUUUGAGCAGUUUGGUGACAUUCUUGAAGCUGUCAUUAUCACUGAUAAGAACACUGCAAAAUCAAAAGGCUAUGGAUUCGUAACAUUCCGUGAUCCAGAAUCAGCAAGAAGGGCUUGUGCUGAUCCAAACCCAAUAAUAGAUGGAAGAAGAGCAAAUUGUAACAUUGCUUCACUAGGAAGGCCUAGACCAUCACCUCCAAGAGGAAGGGGUACAUUUCAAGGUGGGGUAGUGGGGACAGGGGGAGCACCACCGGGUGCGGCAGGGUCGUACGGCGGUGUUCCAGCGCCAAUGCCGCCGCCACCACCAGUACUGUACCCGCCAUAUGGCUACCCCACCUACACUCCUGAUCAUUAUGGGUACCACCAAGCUGCAAUGUAUAACCCUCAGAUUCAUCAUCAGCAACCACAAUACUAUCAUCAACAAAUGUAUGGAGCAGCAUCAUCUUCCACCCCAUAUUACUAUGGCUAUUCUGUGCAAGCAGCACCAAGGGGUACGUUUUCUACACCCCAGGCACAUCGCAUGCCAGCUGGACCCUCCUAUUUAUACUACCCUACUACACCAAUUGAAGGUUCCUUCUCUGCUUAUCGCCCAAUUCAACAACAACCAGUAAUAAGGCAACCCUCUCCUUCCCCUAGUGAUUCUCAGACUCAGCAGCGUACAUCAUCCGAGACAUCAGCUGGAGUAGUUAUAACUUCAGAAAGUUGAAGUACCCGAGGGGAAGAACUAAUAAAUAUAUAUACCUGCUAAGUUUCAACUGUAUAAUCUUCAAAUUAAUUUCAUCAUAUUAAUUCUUGAUCUUUUCCCUCAUUAUAUCUUCAUUUUUUUGGUCCACAUGCCAUAGUUCUUUAAGGCAAUAAUGGCUCUCAUCACAUUACUUGUGUUCUACUUCUCCAUAGCUAUGGCAUUCAAAAAUUGGACUGAUUAACUUCAUGGAGAUUGUCUACAUUCUCAUUUCCUUGUCAUCAAGGAAAUUUUCAUUGAAAUCACUUUUACUAA